AUGAAAAUUAAUGAUAAUAAUGACAAGUCAUUUCAUUCUGCUUCAAUGCAUAAAGCCUCUUCUAUAUUAAGCAUGAUUGAAGAUGUAAAUAAUCAUUAAGUUUAAAAUCACAAUAAUAUAAAAAAUGUAUCAAAAAAAAAAGACAUUAAUCCAUAACCAAUUAUUUCUUCAGCAAUUGCAAGAGAAGUAGAAGAAUUAGAGUAAACUUACAAACAUUAGUAAUUUAAAGGCAUUAAAUAAAUAGGGACUAAACAUUUUUAUAUAAAAUAUAUGGCAUUUUAUUAUUGUAGCUAAUUUUAUCAUCUUUGAGAGGCCCCUUAUACUUGACAAUACAUAAAAGUUCUAUCAUUAGAGCAACUUGGAGAUAAGGAUUUACUGCUUUAAUUUAUAUUCCAAUUAGUAUUUAUGAAUUAAAAAACAACAAAAAUUAUAUCAUUUCAUUCAAAGGUUAAGUAUUUAAUUUACUAAUGGCUUCAGUAGCAUAAGCAGUAUAAAUAGUAUAUAUAAUAUCUAGAUUUUUGCAGUAUCCUUAUCUAUAUCUGUUACACAUACUCAUGUUUCAUAUGCCCUUAUGUUUUAUAAUAGUUCAUUAUUAUUUUAUUGUGGAACUAAAAUAAUAACAAAAUAACAUUGCCAUAUUCUGGAAUAUUUUGGAUUUGGAGUAGCUUUGGUUUUAUUAAUAGUAAUUUUUACAAACCAUAGUUAUACAUUUUAUUCUAAAUAAGAUGUUUCAAUUUUGGAUAAAAUAAUUUAUGGAGAUUUAACUGCACUUUUUGGAGGUGGAGUAUCUACUUUAUAUUAGUAUUUAUUAUAAUAGAAAUAGUGCAAAAUAUUAUUCUAAAAUAAUAUCUUGUUGUCCAACUUUUACAUUAUUUGCAAUAAUUAGGGCUUUGAGUACUAUUAUGUUAAUAAUGAUGACAUUUACUUUUGAUAAUCAACACAGCUUCUUUGAUUUCUUGGAACCAAUACUCUUUACAAAAAUAUUCUUUAAUGCCCUAUUCACAGGUGUUUUGAUGAAUUAAUUAUAAUCUUAUGUACAAUUAUUUGUAGAUCCAUUAACAUAUAAUUCAGCUAAUUUUUUUUAACCACUUUUUGGGAGUAUUUUCUCUUAUUUAUUAGGGCAGGUAUAAAAAUCAUAAUUUUAUUAGGAAUCAUUACCAGGGUCAUUAUCAAUAAUUUGUAUGAUUUUGUAUAGUAUUGGUUUAUUAUUUAUAUAAAUUGGAAGAUCUAAAUCUGAAACAGAGGAUUUAAAUUUGGAUAUUGAACUAAGAUAAUUAGAUACAGUAUAUCUUGAAAAUAAUCCUUUGCUCUCAAUUUUUUAAUCAAAUUACAAAGAGAAAGAUGAUUAAAUGAAGAUAUCAAUAUAUAAAAGAAAGACCAUUUAAAGAUAGCAAACAAAAUAAUUUGUUGAUUAUAGUAUGGAUUAAUGA